UAUUUUAUUUCAUUCGUAAAAACCAUGCCUCCUACAACAAAACCCCUAAUUACUUAUGUUUUUUCAAAUUUGACUUUUAUUACCCCUUAAUAUAUUACCCUCAAUCCGAGCAAGACCUAAAACUGAAUAUAGUGAAUUUGAGCCAAGCUUUGUAUUCCAACCUGUAAAUUUUAUUUGCCUUUCUUCUUUCUAUUGUUGCUUUUGCUCUGUAUUCCAAUCUACAGAAAUGAGGGUAUCAAUUUGCAGCGUCAGUUCGUCAUUAUACUUCAUCCAAAAGACUUGUAAUAUCUUUCAUAUGUUUAUUUUGCUGUUUUUUAUUGUCUCAAAUGUACAAUCAUUGAGCUUUAGCUUCCCUACUUUUAACCAAAACACUCAAAAAAUUAUCUUAGGGAACGAUACAACUCUUACAAAUAAGGCGAUUCAACUGACUGCCAAUAGAAUAGAUGGCAGUCUCCAUGGCAGUGUAGGACGGGCAUCCUACAAACAGGCUGUGCGCCUUUGGGAUAAAAGCACAAACAAGACAACAAACUUUACCACCCACUUCUCUUUUAACAUUACACAGGCGGAUAAGAAUCCUAACUACUACGGUGAUGGACUCGCCUUUUUUCUAGCACCGUUCUAUGUUUCAGCUGAUGCUCCAGAGGAGUCAUCUGGUGGGUGUCUUGGUUUGAUAGGUGGUGCUAGUAAAUCUUGCAAUGUUACGAGUACAUACCCCUUUGUUGCUGUCGAGUUUGAUAGCUACCACAAUAAAUGGGAUCCAGGUUUUUCAUGGGAUCCGAGUAAUGAUCAUGUAGGAAUAAAUGUCAAUUCUGUAUAUUCAAAAGCAAAUUUUACAGUAACUGAUGGCCUGAAGAACAGGAGUACAGCAAAUGCAUGGAUAACUUAUGAUUCUUCUACCAGAAAUCUAAGUGUUUACUUAAGCUAUGAUGCUAAUCCUGUAUUUGAUGGGGAAUCUAGCCUUUCAUAUGUCAUUGACCUGAGAUCAGUUCUCCCGGAAAGAGUCAGAGUUGGGUUUGCUUCUGCAACAGGGGCAAAUUACGAACUUCAUAACAUCCUUUCUUGGGAUUUCAACUCAACCUUAGAAGAUAUCGAUAUUAGUGUAACGCCACCUCCACAAAAUUACACAAGCAAUCAAGCAUCAACUAGGCCAAGCAAAAAAAAUAGCAAAGCAGCAGUGGUUGGUGGUUCUGUAGCCGGUAUUAGUGUCACCAUUAUUGGAUUAGGUGCAGUAGCAUUUAUGUGGUGGCGAAGGAAGUCCGGAGGAAAUAACGACGACAUAAACUUUGAAAUGGAUGAUGAUUAUGAUCAGGAUACCGGGCCGAGGAGGCUCACUUACAGUGAACUUAUUCGCGCUACUAACAACUUCCCCGAGGAAGGGAAGUUAGGACAGGGAGGUUUUGGAGGUGUGUAUAGAGGUUAUCUGUCUGAUCUCAGUCGGGAUAUUGCAGUCAAGAAAAUAUCAAGGGGAUCUAAACAAGGGAAAAAGGAGUAUGUGUCAGAGGUGAAGAUUAUCAGUCGAUUGAGGCAUAGAAAUUUGGUUCAGCUUCUUGGUUGGUGCCAUGAACUAGGAGAUUUGCUUCUUGUUUAUGAAUAUAUGCCUAAUGGAAGUCUUGACUCUCAUCUUUACGGGGACAGGAGGGAGGUGGUCUUACCUUGGACAGAGAGGUACAGAAUUGCUCAUGGCCUGGCAUCUUCCUUGUUAUACCUCCACGAAGAAUGGGAACAAUGUGUGCUGCAUAGAGAUAUCAAGGCCAGCAAUGUCAUGCUUGAUUCUAAUUUCAAUGCUAAGCUUGGAGAUUUUGGGCUUGCUAGGCUUGUGGACCACAAUCGAGGAUCACAAACAACUGUAUUGGCCGGCACUUUAGGCUACCUAGCCCCAGAAUGUGUUAUGGCAGGUAAGUACAGCAAAGAAUCUGACGUAUACAGUUUUGGAGUGGUGGCCCUUGAAAUUGCUUGUGGAAGACGGCCUGUUGAAACCAAUGAAGAGCCUAGUAAGGUGAAUAUGAUAGAGUGGGUGUGGCAGCUCUAUGGAGAAGUUCAUCUUCUUGAAGCAGCCGAUAAAAGACUUGAUGCCAAAUUUGACAGUCAGAAAAUGGAAUGCUUAAUGAUUGUUGGGUUGUGGUGUUGCCAUCCUGAAUAUACUUUCCGUCCCACUAUAAGACAGGUUAUAAAUGUUCUUAACAUGGAAUCUUCUUUGCCUAAUUUGCCUAUGAAGUUCCCGGUUCCCUUCUACAGUUCUCUGCCAACUAAUGUAGAGCCUUUUUACAUCUCGUCCUCCUCUGGGUUUACAGGCAGCAGUACUGCUGGCACCACAACCUCCUCAUCAUCUCACUCAGUUGUUUCCGGUACUGUUCCUUUGCUGUUAGAGAAUGCAACAGUUUGAUUACCUUUUUUUUCUAGAUCCUAUCUGUCUGAAUAAAAUUUCCCAUUUUAUACUCUUUAUGUUAGAAAGUUACCCUUGGUGUUUUGCACUUGAUUGUAUAACUUCGUGCACUUUCUAGCUUCAGUACGGAUUUAGUAAAAAAUUUCUUGGAUGUAGAUGUAUAUACAGUAUCUAUUUCUAAUAAAAUUAAGUGAUUACUUUGUUAAUCUCUUACUUUUCCAACAACUCAAUAUGAAACACAUGUAGGUGCCUCAAAAUUUGACGGUGACGGCAACCGAAAGGGAACAAUCUAUGGAUCUUCUGAAAUGUAAUUUCGUAAAUUAAUUACCAAAAA